CCUCUCAAAAACUAAGAAUUAUAGCAUAUAUUCACGCAUUUGAAAACAUCUUUAUUCAGCGGGGAGAACCUUAGUACUGCUGUUGUAUUGUUGAAGAAAUGUGGCGAGUUAAAAUAAAAAUACUUUCUCUCACACUUAAAAACUGUUUAGGUUGUUUCACGUUCACUUCGUAUUACAUUACUCUUGUUCGAAUGACUUUGUUCACCCUUUACCUGAUUCACCAUUGUCAUAUAAUGAUAAAUAUAUAUACAGUGGGUGUGGAAUCGGAAAAAAUCAAACGCAAUUCUUCUAGACAUGGUGACAGUUUUAGUGAAUCAAGCUCAGAAAGUGAAACUGAAUUGGAAGAUGAUAUCCCAGAGCGUAGACAAGAUGCAAACGCUGACUUACCAUCUGAAUAUUGGCAAAUUGGCAAGAUAAUUAAAUAUCUAAAGGGUGGAAAUCAAACAUCAACUAUCAUAUCCUUAUGUGCUUUGAAAGAUAUGCCUUUAAAAACUGAAAUUUGUCAACUUGCUGUUCGUGAUGUUGGAGGAAUUGAAGUACUUAUUAAUUUACUUGAAACGGAUGAAGUCCGUUGUAAACUUGGUUCAUUGAAAAUUUUAAAAGAAAUUACUAAAAAUCCACAAAUACGUAAAUCUGUUACUGAUAUUGGUGGUUUACAACCACUUGUCAACUUGUUACGCAGUUUAAAUCGUGAUUUGAAAUGUUUAUGUGCUGAAGUAAUAGCAAAUGUGGCUAAUUGUCAUCGAGCAAGACGUACAGUUAGACAAUAUGGUGGUAUAAAAUAUUUGGUUGCCUUACUCGACUGUCCAAGCUUAAAUAGUGUACCAAUGACUAGUGAAGUUGAAAGAGAUAUUGAAGUAGCACGAUGUGGUGCAUUAGCUUUAUGGUCAUGCAGUAAAUCUAGAAAGAAUAAAUUAGCUAUGAAACGUGCAGGUGUCAUACCAUUAUUAGUGCGUCUAUUAAAAUCUCCACAUGAAAAUAUGCUUAUUCCAGUUGUUGGAACAUUACAAGAAUGUGCUUCUGAAGAAAGUUAUCGUAUUGCUAUUCGUACAGAAGGUAUGAUUGGUGAUUUAGUAAAAAAUUUAAAACGUGACAAUGAUGAACUUCAAAUGCAUUGUGCUUCUACAAUAUUUAAAUGUGCAGAAGAGCCUGAAACACGUGAUCUAGUUCGUACAUAUAAUGGUUUAGAACCAUUAGUAGCAUUAUUAAGUAAACAAUCUAAUAAAGAAUUAUUAGCAGCUGUCACUGGUGCUAUUUGGAAAUGUGCAAUUUCGAAAGAAAAUGUAAAACAAUUUCAAAAACUUGGAACAAUUGAACAAUUAGUUGGUUUAUUGAAUGAACAACCAGAAGAAGUUUUAGUAAAUGUAGUCGGUGCACUUAGUGAAAUGGCCAAAGAUCCAAGUAAUCGUAGUACAAUACGUAAAGCUGGAGGAAUACCAUCAUUAGUUUCUUUGCUUACAAGAACAAACCAAGAACUGCUCACAAAUACAACUAAAGCUGUUGGAAAAUGUGCAGAAGAAGCUGAUAGUAUGAGUAUCAUUGAAAAUUUGGAUGGUGUACGUUUACUUUGGUCAUUGUUAAAGAAUCCUAAUCCAAAAGUACAAUCUUAUGCUGCCUGGGCUUUAUGUCCAUGUAUCCAAAAUGCAAAGGAUGCUGGUGAACUAGUACGUUCAUUUGUUGGUGGACUUGAAUUAAUUGUCAGUUUAUUAAAUUCGAAGGAUUUGGAGGUCUUAGCUGCUGUUUGUGCCGCUGUUUCAAAAAUUGCAGAGGAUGAGGAAAAUCUAGCUGUAAUUACUGAUCAUGGUGUAGUCCCAUUAUUAUCACGUUUGACACACACGAAUGAUGAUCGCCUUCGAUGUCCAUUAACCGAUGCUAUAGCAAAGUGUUGUACAUGGGGAACAAAUCGCAUUGAUUUCGGCCGUGCUGGUGCUGUUAUACCUAUUGUUCGUUAUCUUAAAUCAUCGGAUCCAAAUGUUCAUAGGUCAACUGCAAAAGCAUUAUUUCAACUCAGUCGUGAUCCAAAUAAUUGUGUUUCAAUGCAUCAAGUCAAUGUGGUAAAGUAUUUAUUACAAAUGGUCGGCUCUUCAGAUCCAGAACUUCAAACUGCCAGUGCUGGUUGUAUAGGUAAUAUAAGGAGGUUAGCUUUAGCAAAUGAAAAAGUUCAUUUGACAAAAUUACAUGAAAAAGUUAAAUUCAAUGGUGUUAAAAAUUCAACUGUUAAAAAAUCAUCAAAAAAUAAAACAAGUCCUAAUCAUCAUCAUCAACAACAACAUUAUCGACAAGAAGAAAAUCAAGAACCACAACAAAAUCAUUCACAUGAAGAAACAGAUUUAAAUGAGAAAUCAGUUAUCAGUGAUGAUCAUAUUUCUAAUCUUGAUGAUACAGCUGUUCGUACAACACAAUAUGAUACCAUAGAAACACCUUCUGGAGAAGUGAAUAAUUCCUUAAAAGCAUCACCACAAAUUGUAACAGAUUCAAAUAUUUCAUCACCAAAAUAAGACAGAUAUUUUUUUUAGUAUUAGCUACCUUCAACUUUCAUUUCAUUAUGUAAUUGAACUGAGGUAAACAUAAAACUAUGUAUUCACAUAAGUUUAUAGGAUAUAUGUGACUGGCGAUUAAAAUCAUUAUGAAUAAUAAUUGACUAUCCUUUCAUUUCAAUAAAGCUAAUAUAUACGUUUAUGUAGAUGUUGUCCUGACAAGUUAAUACCUCUAUGAAUAAGAACAAAUAAAAAUUAUAAAGUAUUU